AAGGCUAAAAGUAGCGAUCUGGUGUUUGAAGAUAUUGACGAUGACCUAGAUCAAGAACUUGGUCACUUAACCUUAGGUAUGGUAGAUCUAUACGUGUAAAUAUGAUGGCCUGGAAGCUGUUUGAUCCGACUGUAAAUCGAUUCGCCUCGGGAUAAACCUCGAUUUGUCCAUUGUCAGUGUAAGACCUAUUAAGAUCAAUAAAAGGAGGGUUUAUUAACUCCAAAAUACCCUAGCUAACACACUGAAUCGUGUGAAGCUGCUGGUAACACCAUACGGUCAAAUCCCGCUUUACGGACACCUUUUUGAUUAGGACGCCUUAUUAUUGCGAAUAGUUUGCUUUGUCCCUGGCCUGGGGAAAUAGAACCCUUACAUUUUCUCUAACUUCAACCCACUUUAUACGGACACCCCGUUAAUACGGACACUUUCUCGGUAUCUGUGUUAAUUGAGUUUGACUGUACACAGAAACAAAUAAAUCGUUAAGAUCUCCCACCAAGAAAUGGACCGGUAAACGAAAACAAACAAGCAGACAAAUCACUCCGUAUGUGGACCUAGCGCUUGCGUUUGGGGCGGGGCUUGAACUUGCAAAUCCAAUUCCAGGGCUCUAACCAGCCUCUUACCCAGGCCAGUUCGCGCUAUCCGAGUUACCAGAGGAGGCUUGUAACCGAGCGCGAUAGCGGGAGGCGUCCUCGGCGCAUUUUCCCGACAAGCUUGACAGUUGACGUCAAAUCCGAAAUCGCCAAGGACGACUGGGGACGAGGCUUUAUCUUUUGUUGUCGUUUUAACAUUGUCGUUUCAUCCUUUUUGUAAUUACAUUUUGAAGUCAAUCUUAUCAAGACAUGGACUUUGUUAUAACGCUUACCCCUUAGCCUAUUACAGUCUACGUCCCCCCCCCCCUUAGUCAUUAUCGUCGCAAGCGACUGCUAAAAGACAAUAAUAAUAAUAAUAAUAAUAAUAAUAAUAAUAAUAAUAAUAAUAAUAAUAAUAAUAAUAAUAAUAAUCAUUAUAGAGGGAGCCCAACUCGCCAAGGCGGUUUUCAGUGGGGCCCUCAUGCAUUAAUUUAACUAAUUAAUCAAUUAUUACGAAAAAAGUAAAAUAAGUUUGCAAGUAUUAUUCAAAAAAUAUCAAGAACGCCUGAUCACGCUGGCUCACUUGAUUUAGGCAAUACCCUGAGUAACUAGUCGCCUAUUUACUGAUGCAUUUGUUGAUCACAUUAGGGCUUGAAGAAUCUUAUAUUUGGAAAUGCCAAGUCAAGCUUUACACCAGAAUGGAGAAAUCAAAGCUUUUCAUUCUGUGACUUAUAUGGACUGGAAUACGGAAUUGUACAACUAAAGGUAAGGUCAAGUUAAUGCGAAUAUUUCGCUUCAAUCUCUAGGAAAAAAGGGAAAUUGUUUGAACCAUACAACGGUGACCAGUGGUCCAAGCUGCGACCGUUUUGGUUGCCAUGGUGAGUAAAAAACAAAAUUUUGCGAUUAAAAGUGCAGCGAAAGUCGCCAAUUGGGUACACACCUGUUUUAGGCGGUAAUGCCGCCAAGCCGUUGCUUUUUCAAUAGGUAAGUUUUUAGUGAGAUAACAUUUGCGUGAAAUAGUUAUCAGUUACGCUCCUGGCGACCAUUAUAUGAUUUUAGGUUGCAAAAAGGCAACUCUGUAGCACUGAAACUCUUCAGGUUUUAAAACAAAUGAAUAAAAUAAUUAAUUCAUUAAAGGAACCCUAGAGUGAUCAGCCUCAAAGUUCUCCCGGUAGUAUCUUAGCCUUAUGAAACAGAGUGAGUAGAUUAUAAUAUUAGGGGUUAUCAUUGUUGUUGUUGUCGUUUUUUUUUUUCAGGGUGGACCCUGUGGAGUGUUGGCUGCUGUACAGGCGUUUGUCCUCAAGCAUUUGUUGUUUGGCGGAAAGAAAGGGGACUCUAAAAAGUACAGUGUGUUUCAGAUACAAGAGUAUAUGAUGUUUACUCAUUUUUUUCUCUAGGGUAUCUUUAAAUACCAGGAAAAUGUCUGUUGGUUUGAUGAUUUAGUUUAGAUUGUAAAUAAUCAUUUUCAGUUGUCGUCCCUUUUUCUUGCAAUAUUCUGUACCAUUGACGUCAUUUUAAAUGGACUGAGAGCGGCUGCCAAUGGCGCCUUUGUGUGCUGACGUCCUAGCUUACUGUUCACAUGUUAAAAUAUAUUGUAAGAGGGCACGUCUGUUGUCCUCUCAUCAACGACUCUUCAUUCAUUCAUUUUACCGGAUAUCGCAAGCGUCUUCCAAAGUUGGUCAACGCUAGCUGGUUAUGAAGAAUAUUAAAGCUGGGGGAUUUGAGCCAAUCAGAAACGGAGAAAUUGAAUGGCGAUAAUAUUUUUUUUCCCAUUUCCCCUGUCAUUUCCAUUCCUAGUAACAACUUCUGAGAAUAACUCAGCCAUGUCUUUUUUUUUUUUCUGCUCCUCCUGUCCGAACGUGGCGAUUAUGGAAACUAGUUUUUUUUUAAUCUUUUAAUAAAUCCUAUUUCGUGUCCAUUUUAGGAAAUUUCAAGAACCAAAGCUCUUACAUCAGCAAUUAGUGAAAUAUUAUGGAGGGCUGGUGACAGCAGAGGUGCAGUAGUAGCCUUGUAAGUUACUCUGGAAUUUUGUCUAUGCAUUAUUUAAAAAAACGAGCAGGAGUGUUUUGGCGAGUUUUGAAACACGAGGCGCUGCCGUGAGUGAUGUGUCGUUAUCGAGUGAUUGUCAUCGGGCACUCCACUCUGCUCAAGGUGGCCUCAGCCGAGCAGCACGUUUGGACUGCCAGUGCCGGUAGUCUUCUGGGUCAGCCAUAAUAGGGACUUUAAGAUCCAACGACGCGGACGGCAACGCGAAAGUAGAAAAAUCAAUAGGUUUUAUGAGCAAACAACAACUUUGAACAAGAAGACGAAAUUUUAUCUCUUUCUGAACAUGGUUAUGGUCCCUAGGAAUUCAACUCCAGGAGGGUUCGCCUACAUUCGACAUAGUAAGAGGGUAAUGAUUGCGAUAAAGACUGAAAGAACGCAAAUUCACUUUAAACGACGUUCCGGUUGCCGUCGCGUCGUUGGAUCUUAAAGUCCCUAAUGGUAGCCUGCGUCGCAGACGUAAUCUUAUCGCAGUUAGUAACGUCUGCGAAGCAGCCCCGAGGUUCUUGUUCGACGCCCCAAACGGACUUAAUGAAUCAGUUAUCGGAAGGGCGUUUGGAUUUCCCUUCAACCCGAACAGGCCAAUCACGGCGUGUACUCAAUCCUGGUACACAGCAGGGGCCCAGAAGGCUCUGAAGUCCAACCAACAUUAGUUUGCGAGGCACUAUGGCAGAGAAAGUUGUUCUGCUAAGUAUGAUAUCUUGAACUAGGUAGCGACCUUUCACGAUUUGACUACGAAUACAAAUUUUCGAGUACCAGUGAAACUUUAGAAUUUCGAGCUACUUUUAUCCUCCGAAUUAUAACCCUUUCAUGUUGCUAACCAGAUCGGUGUUUAUAUAUUACGUAAUUAUAUUUGACACACGAAGUUGGUUUGAAAAGUGGUACAUGUGCUUGUACUACAAUCUAAGGGUGCGGCCGUCCCUCAUAGGAAGAACGGCGACGGCAACGACAAACGCCAAAAGUAGAGCCUUUUGGUACGUUAUUUUACCGUUCUCUGUCUAAAGAUGCUUUUUACUGAAUGUGGCGAACUGUGGAGUGGGUGACCACAAGACGACGAAUGUUUCCUCCUUUUUUUGAUCGUCUUUUGAUCGCCGAUGCGAUCAAAAGUUGUUUUCGCUGUCGUCGUCGUUGUGAUUGCUUAAGCUCUUCGAAUUACCUCCCUUGACACCAUCGUAAUCGAAAACAAAACCAAAAUAAAACAUCAAACAAAACAAAUCAAUAACAACAAGCAAGACAUGGCCUUUGGUUUUUCCUUUCAUGGGGUUGUUAGUUUUGCUCUUACAAUCUUUUCUUUUUUAAAAAAUAAAAAUCGGGCAAAAUCUUUGCGGAUGGAGCAAUCUCCAAAUCAAGUAAGAAAAAUAUUGAAAAGACACCUCAACUCGGUAGCUACGAUAAUUUCGACAACACCAGAAGUUACAUCCCAUUUAGUUAAUUGUAACAAUUUAUUUCAGACCUACUGGUGGUUCUAAUGUUUUUGGUGCUGGGCGAUACAAAUCGGACCAGUUAACAGAAGCGGUAAGUACUGCAAUUUCCCAUAAGAUCACCCGACACCUGCCCCCUGACAGAACGUUUUAAGUCAAGAUGGGACAUUUCACGCCAAAAUGGCUCGAUCGUGACAUUUUUACGGGAAAAUAGGGCGCCUGCACUGUAAACAAUGUCGCACUUGUAUUGAGAACUCACUUUCCUCUUCGUCAAGGGUGACUUCGUAAUACAUGUUUGGCUUUACCGAAAGAGAUCGGUCUCCGAAAUAGUGUUCGCAUUAAACCUCUUUAACGAAUAUUGUUCAUGGUGGAUGUGAGAUGUGCAGGUAGACUGUUGUUACUGUAAUUGCUGCCAUAAUGCAGUAAUGGUAUUUUGUUCCUACACAUUUGCUCGAGGUAGAUUUUAGCUGUUCAAACAUAAGAUGCAGGGUUCGUACGCGUCUUGAAAACCCUUGAAAACCCUUGAAUUUCAGGAGUCCGAUUUCAAGGCCUUGAAAGUACUUGAAUUUCGUUUUCGGUCCUUGAAAGUCCGUGAGUUUUUAUUGAACAAGAUCUAAAAUGUUCUGCACUAUCUGUAAACCCAAAUUAUAGAUGUUAACACAAACAUUUUUCUUGGUUUUGAGGUAAAAUUGUCAUUAAAAAAAGUCCUUGAAAUUUCUAGUUAGGGUCCUGGAAAGUCCUUAAAAAGUCCUUGAAUUUUUGGCCUGAAAAAGUGUACGAACCCUGAGGAUGGCAAAAGGAAAGAGUGAAGUCUGAAUUCAGGUUUGAAAGCUAAGAAAAAUAGAAAAUUCAGUUAAAUUCUUUUUGUCCACACACUAAUGAUUGCAUACUCAAAAAAGAAUAGAAAAAAUGUUCCUGAGAAAAUGCUUUAUUAAAAAAGAAAAAGAAACUCAGAUAACAAUUUUAACCCCAAAUUUGCUCUAAUCGGUCUUCGAACACCUGGGCCCUGCAAUGAAAGCGAUUGCUUCUUUGUUAUUAAAUUUGACAAGACAUGUCCAACCCAUGUCCGAAUGCAAUUAAGAGUUCGCCGAACGUGGGCCAAUUUUAGUUGGACUUUGUUCGAUGACCAACUAUUAUUUGCAGCCCUGCACGACUGAUAAAUGGGCCUUGUUUGUUUUCUUACAUCAAGAUGAUGGUAUUUUUCUGUUGCACUCUACUUGCAGUUUUGUAAUUGUGAGUUAAUCACAUCUGCUCACUCACUUUUUUCUGUAAACCGCAGCUUGUGUUAUACACCUUCAAGUCUUCUGAAAGUCUUCUUAGUUUUAUCUCGCAAAAUAUAUCGCAGGUACGUAGAAUUCUUACUAGGUUGCUCUAUCCUUACCUGUUGUGUGUCUGUACAAUUAGCAGUUAGUCAAUGAGUCUGGAUAAGGUGGUUUUUAUUUCUCCUUUUCACGAGGUACCGUUGCUUACCUUUUAACCAUUGUAUCUGUUUUAUGAUGUUUUUUAAAAAGGAUUAUUUUAUCAAGCGUAAAUCAUUGGUGAAACGAUUACUGAAGUCGGUUUACUUAACAGCAAAAGUGAUACUUGAUCUGCCCACCAAUGACUAAUCGCGAUAUUUCCAAGUACUUGAACUUGUCCGAUAAAUGCUUAUUGCCUGAAAACAAGGGCCGAAAGUUAGCGGUCUGUAAUAUGCCCCUUUAUUCUCAAUGGAACAAAUCAGAACCGCCUCAAUGAAGAGGAGAAGUCGUUACGUCAUGUUGCCAGGGUAGCAAAAUGUCUGGAUCUGAACAAACCGUAGCCAAUGGCACAAAAAAAAAAACGAAAAAGUUAACAUGGAUUCCUUUCCUGUGCAUGAUUGCACUCAGGAACAAAACAGUAGCCCAUACUUUUCUUCCAUCGUUCGACAGUGCAAAUGGCCGUCCUUGUCAAGAAAGAUUGUUAAGAUCCAGAUCAUGAUUUUGUCGCCAUGGUAACGUGACGUCACUCCUCUCCUCUCUCUAGGGGAGUUUGCUUGCUGAUUGUGGUUCACUUAAACAAACAUUGCCACCGUGACGUCAUGGAAGGUCCUCAUUAGGCUUCUUCAAUCCAGUUAUUCCGACCGUAAUGCUAAACAUGCCUUUCAAUGGACAGAUUUGUUGGACUGAAUACAGUUACAGUCAACCGAAUGACAAAACGUCGAUAUCGUAAGUCUAAAUGAAAGGUGUUUAGAGCGCGUCUCCAAAUUAAGUGAUGUAUCGUUUUUCAGUGCAACUGGUUUGCCAAAUUUUCGUUGUCCAAUUCCCGUCUCACUUUCAUAAUUUCACCCUGAAUCUCCAUUUCCUUUCCCUCUAAAAUCCCGGAUCCCGACCGUCAAAUAAGCGAAAUCUCGGAUCCCGAAAAGCCUAUUGAGGGCCCAUCGCGGGAGGGGGGUGACUCCUAUAUGAAAGGGGCGGAGAUGAUGGUCGGAACUUUUGAAUUAAAUCCCUAAAGGAGACCAAACUGGGCAUGGCCCAACCUUUUUUGACCCGUAAAUAAACUUUGAUAACAUGAAACGCGUAAAUAAAACAAAAAGAGACCUUUACGGCUAAAUAUAAUGGCGUUUUGCCCAGAAUACCGUAAGCGAGACCGAAAAUUGCACCCCUAAGCGAGACAACGAGCAUCCACGCCCCUUUCAUAUGGGAGUUCCCCGGUUCGUUCUUCAACGUCUUGCGCUUGCCGGUAUAAAAUUAAAAUGGCUUUACUAGAGUUUUUAUCACAGGCAUAUUAACAGCUCAUAAGAGCCAAACUUAAUCCUGAAUUAUGUACUUUCCGUAUAACUGCAUUUCAUCUAGAAAUAAAUCCACUUUUUGUCCAUUUUCAGUUUGAGUCUGAUAGUAGCAGUGGAUGUAUUUUACUGUUGUAUUCUGUGAUAUUGUCCAGGUCAAUACGAAAGUAAGUGAAGCUCUAGUAAAUGAUAUUUAACCCUUUAAGCCCUAAUACCCACAUACAAAUUCUUCAAACUAAUACUAGAUAUUUCCUCAAAGAAUUAGUUGAGAGAAUAUGAUAUAAAAAAUCAAAGCAUUUUCCUUUCAAUGAUCAUUUCUUUAAUUCUCAUAACCUUUAGUCUUGAUUUUGUAUCUAUAUCGUGAGGAGAAAGUUGAUGUUGGUCACUCUUGGAACUGAUGGUUAAAUGAAUAAAUAACAAUGUAUGAUUUAGAUGUAGCGUAUCCACAUGGUGGUUCUUCGUCUAUUACUCCCGUUAAGGAUUGCCAUUUAGUGCCGGGGGGCGGCCAUUUCCCCCGGCUGUUAUGAGUAAGACCCCUGGCCACUUUCUUAGGUCACAAAAGGAAAUAGAAUCAAAGAACCUCCCAGCUGUUAAAUCUCCGCCUUCUAGUAAGUGCAUAUGCACGGCACAUUGCUUAUCCUGUGACUUACGUUGCAUCUCAUGCUGGCAUUUUGAGCUGAUCUUUGCGGAUCUGGUUUUUUAUUUUAAUCUUUGCGGAUUCUGGCUCCCACCCUCUCCCUCUCCUUUUUGGGUUUGAAUGUUGGUAAGUAAAGGGUCAGGUGAAUAUUUUCCGCUGAAUUUCCUUCAGUGUGACGGUGCCAGUUGGCGGCUGCAUGCAGGGGUGGUUCCCGCUUGCAGGGUUGCCAUGGAUACCUCCUUGCUAUGUCUGAGGCGCUCAGGCUCCCGUCCAACCAUUAAGGCACCAGUUCUCAAGUUCAUCUAUUGGCGGUGAGUUUAAAGGCAAAUAGUUGACUAGGGGCAAAGAAGUAUCAAUGUCAGUAGAAAUCGAGAGUAAGCCUUUGUGUUAUAAUUUCGAGAAAAAUAAUCUGCUAGUAUUAUAUUGCAAGUUUAAUGUAAGGGAGCUUCUGGUGAUUUUUAUCAAGUAUUUAGUGGCCUUAAACUUUUCUUGUUGUUGUUGUUUAAGAGUGAUAUCUGAUAUGGAUGAACCUCAAGGCAGGCUGAUGGGUGCUCACGGCUACUGCACGCAGGUUAGAUUUUCAAUGCAGUACUUGUAUACUACAAUCUUUUCAUUUACGGGUAUCAAUCUGACGACGACGACGAGGAUGAUGAUGAUGAUGAUUUCCCCGACGUUAAUCUUAAAUGGAAUGGAUAGUCUUUGUAGGUUAUGCCUUCGCGUGCCUAUUUAUUUUAAUAGAAUGUUCAAUAUUAUAAUUUUUUUGUAUGUCUGCUAACACCAUUCUUAGCGCAGUUUUCCCAGGUGCGGUGGUAAGGUGCUCCCUUAGUCCCUUGAUGUAUCAUACAAGUGUUUGUUACUUUGUUUGGUUGUCUGUUUCCGUCUUUCUUUCGUUCUUUCUUAAUAGCUGAAAUUUCGUCCAGUUUGAGCUUCUUUUUCAUUAAUUGCAGCAAAAGUCUCAUUCUCGUUCUUAUUACAUGUAUUGUCCUUUACAGGAACUGGUGAACUUGUUAAUAACUGGAAAGGCUGUCUCAAACACAUUCGAUAACAUCAUGGAAGUUGAUACAGGGGGUUCGAAAAAGGUGUAGUAUUUAAGACGAUGUCAUGAAGGAUAUUUUUCAUCGUGGUUAAUGUGUUUAAAGGGUUCCGUUUAUCGUUUGUCCCAAGAUUGUCACUACUGAUCGCUACUUACUUAGGUCCUCGUCAGGCGAUAAAGUUGAUUUCCUGAGUGAGACUGUUUGUACCCCACCCCCAUGGUUGUUAAUGAUUCGUGUACAGUCACCUCCGUUUUACGGACACCUUGCUAAUUCGGGACACUUUCUAUGGCUCCCUUAGUGUCUGUAUUCACGCGGUUUGGCUGUAUCACGCACCUAAAGCGAUUUUUACUGAUAUGUGAAAAUUUUCCUUGUCCUCGGAGAAAAAAAGCCCUUACUUUUUCUCUUAAUUCAACCCGUGUAAUACGAAUACCCCGUUAAUACGGACACUUUCUAUGCCCCCCUUAGAGUCCGUAUGUACGGGGUUUCACUGUAUUACGAACCUAAGACGAUUUUCACAUGUGACAGUUUUCCUUGUCCCUGGAGAAUGAAAGCCCUGAGAUUUUUCUUAAUUCAACCCUCCUAAUACGAACACCUCGUUAAUACGAACACUUUCUAUACCCCCCUUAGAGUCCGUAUGUACGGGGUUUCACUGUAUCACGAACCUAUUAAAGAUUAUUUUCAGUAAUAUGUAAAACGGAAUUACAACGAUUCAGUGUGAUACAACCCCAUCAUCUCGAGAAUAUCUGAAGGAAUUCCCCUUAUUCUCUGCAACUGCUGAUGCCUCUUAGUUUCUUUAAACAUUCUGUUUAAUCUUUCGACGUGAACGUCUUAUAGUAAGGUUUUUUGCUUCCCUAUAAAUGCUAACAUUUACCGAUUUUUUUUUUUUUUUUUUUUUUUUUUUUUAGAAUGUCUUCAAAGGGAUAGAUAAACAAAGUGAGAUCGGGUUUCUGUCCUUAUUUGAACAUUACAAAUCAUGCGAGGUUGGUGAUGACUAGAGAUAUUAGCGACCUUAAGCAACGGUGACGGCGACGGCGACGGCAACGAGGACGGGAAAAAAGCAAUAGGUUUAGAGCCUGUUUACAUGGAGGUGGGGGACCCCAGGUAGGGGAGGUAACCCGCUUAGGUCGGGUAACCCACCUCUCCAUAUAAUCUCCCAUAUUAAUUUGAUCACGUUUACAUGAUAGGUGGGGUGACCCGCUGUAUGUUACCUCACCUAUCUGGAGUCCCCCACCGCCAUGUAAACAUACCCUUAGAUUGGCAAAACAAUACGCUUUUUUGUGCAUUUCUUCGUCGUCGUUGCACGACUACAACGUGAAGGUGCCUAAUUUCACGUUUUGUCGAGGACGAGAACAUGCGACUUUCUUUUCCUGUACUUUGAUACAGUCCUUUAGAAUUCAACUACAAAAAAUUUGCCAACAUUUGACGAGUUAAACGAGAUGCUAUAAGCGCGAUAAAAUUUGAGGCAACGCGAAUUCACUUUUCAGGUGACUUUUUAGUAGUCGUUGUUGUCGUUGUUGCUUAAGCUGCCUAUUUCUUUGUGUAGAGAGGAAAGAAGGGGGGCGGGGGUGUGAUGAAAGGGUCACCGUCUUUAGGGAGUUUAAGCAGCUACGUUUUGAGCGACACAUGUCAACCGGAAGUGAAUUUUUUUUUCUAUGUGCCUUUUCUCUUAUGUGUUCAAAAUCACGGCUCAAGAGUGGAAAAAGUACACUUCCGGUUGACGUGCGUCGCUCAAAAACGUCGCUGCUUAAAUUGCCUUUUAUUUUUCUGCACACAUCCAAGGCUGCUUCCUGUUCCUCCUAGUUUAAGUGGAACAGAACUCGUUGUUCUUCUUUAAUACAUUGAGGCAAACCUUAGGGUGGAGCUCCCGUCCAUAAUAGUGGACCUUGGAAAUGAACAGACUGUUAGACGUUUUCGUAGCCGUCGCCGUCGCCGUCGCCGUCCUUGUUGCUUGUUGCAGGCAUUAACUCGUCUGGAUAGAGCCAAGCUCUGUAGAUAGGCUGGUUGACAUACGUUGGUUUGUAACGUCCCGAGUAGAAAAUAAAGGCGACUGAAACAAUCCAGAUUAUUAUAUGGAAAUCAGGCUUAAGGUUUAACCCUUUAUGUCCCACGGGUGACCAACAUCAAUUAUCUCCUAACAAUAUUUGUACAUUAUCAAGAGACCGGGUUAUGAGAAUUAAUAAAGUCAUCACUUAAGUGAAGAUGCUUUGAUCUUAAAUCAUAUUCUCUCAACUUGUUUUUCAAGGAAAUGUAAGGAGAUCAGUGUGAGGAAUUUUUAUGUUGAUAUUGGGGCUUAAGGUUUAACCGGCGAAUAGUUCAAAGGAGCAGUUUUGCUACCCUGCAGAACAGGCGUUAUUUUUUGCGUUUCUCAAACAAACUGCUGUGAUAAACAUAUAAGGGAAUAUAAACGCAUUUUUGUUUAUCACCGCUGUUUGCUUUUUGUUUCUUCUUCAGCUUAGAUGGCCAAACAACAUGAGUAUCUACGGUGUACUGACAAAAUUCAUCAUUUCAUUUGUUACAGGUUGGUGUGAAUUACAAGACUCCCAAUUAUCCUAUUUGGGUGAUAUGCAGCGAGAGUCACUUCAGUGUCUUGUUCUCUAUCGACAGAAACCUCUUGGACGACUGGUAAGCUUAUAAUGACUAGUAAAUGGCCGUAUUUACACUAGAGACGGAUUAUCCGUUGGAUAAUUCGCGUCAGACAGAUAAUACGUCUUAGUUUUGGAUGGACAAUCCACCUGACUUCAUCCAUCUGUAUUUCCUUCAAUUUUGACGGAUUUUCAAGAUGGAUUAUCCGUCUCAAACGGAUAAUCCGUCUCCAGUGUGAAAACAGCCAUUGAUACUAGCCAAUUUACGGCAUUUGAACUUAUCAGCCUGUUUUUAUUCUUCCUAAAGACUUCUAUUCUUUGAUGUUGUCACUGAAAGCCAUUUAUGUAGUAAUGAGGAGUUUUAUUCCUUCCGUUUUGUUAAAAACACUGAUGGUGUAAAAGGGAUGCUACGUCCUGGUCACUUGCAGCGCUUUACCGAAGCGUUAGAAAAUUACGUCUAUCAGCGACCAGUUUAUAGGCAAAUGAUGAUGGUCGGACACCAACUGUAUGAAGGAGUGGGAAACUGUCCACUUACCCCUCCCCUAAGCCAACAUUAACACUUACUUCUCACUUAGGGCAAAAUGUUGGCUUAGGGGAGGGGUAGGUGGGCAGUCUCCCAGAAACGUAUAAUGAUCAGAUCAAAGCGUGCAAACUCAGAGGCAACGUUUUGGUAUCGAGGUUUCUCGGUUACUGACCACCUACCCCUCCCCUAAGUCGACGUUAACUUUUAUUUCUCACUAAGGGUAAAAUUGUUACAUAGGUAAGGGGUAGGUGGUCCAAGCUUUGGGCACCUCCAAGGGAAAUUGGACCAAGAGUACUCUUGUUAGACGCUUAUACUAAGCUUAGCAAGCCAUGGUGCCCACACGACCGAGGCUUCUCCCAGUCUCUUUAGUAUGAGAAACCUGGGUGUAAUGCUUUCCUCCCCCGCCAUCUCUCCCGCUAGGAAAGGAAACUUCUGCAUGUGGGCUAUCGCAGGGUUACCGCUAGCAGUAUGUCGCCGGGUUCCGUUAAUACACAUGAGUGAGGAGAGACAACGUUAAGGAAUGAACGCGAUGGCAGGGCUUGAAACCUGAACUACGGAUCCGAAGCCAGAGGUCCUUGCUGGCCGGAAGUCCUAGUCAUAAUUGUUGAAGCACUCGCGGAUUUCUUCGCCCCUUCCGCUUCAAUGUUUAUACAAAAAAGUCCAAGCAAUCUCUUAAAACCAACACUGGGAGAAGGAGACCUUAAGGGAAUCGGAGCAUGUAUUCGUGGAAUGACUUGGUUUAUCUUGUUUUUUCAAGAUUAUGAUAGUGAUUGCAGGAUUGGAUGUGUGGAUAAUGUGCUAUCUAACUGCAAUAUAGGAGUCGAUGUAGGCUCUAACGAUUGUUUGUUUGUUUGAUUGAUUGAUUGAUCGAUCGAUCGAUUAAUUGAUUGACAUACACAGGAGGUUAGAGAAGAAGUUUGAUCUUUAUUACUAUGAUGGUCUGGCACGGCAGGAUGAGGAGUUAAGAUUGACAGUUGGUGAGUAAGCAUUACUUCCUGUAAACUGCCAUAGUGUAAGCUACAUGGUCUUGCUUGGGUACAUAGCUGUUACAGGCUAGCUAAUGGCCUAGAAAAAAGAUACUUCAAGGUCAUGAAAAAGUCAGGGAAGUUAUUUUGAGUCAGGAAAAAUUGAAAUAAUUAACAAAAACUAAGGGAAAAUUGAAAUUUUAAUUCCAUGGGUUAAAUACCAUUAAUAUGGAAAAACGCAUUUCGGGUUAAUAUAAUCUCAGAGAUGUCUUUUGUUGAUGAAAUUACGAUAGCGUCACUGUAAUAUGUAUGACAUCAUCUCAUUUCAACUGAAGCUUCCUUUUUCAUGAAAGAAAGAUAAAAAGGCGUUUUGAAAAUAAAAACAAGAAGAAAAAAAAGAAAAGAAAAAAAAAAUCAACACUAUGAAAGCGUAUUACAAAACGUACAUUUUAGGUGCCUGAAAAAGCCGUUUAAUUGUGGACGGCAGAAGACUUAAGAGACAAUGUCUGUAAUUUUCGAGAAUCGGUUGACAGUCGUGAAUUUUUGAAUUUCUUCAUAUUUUGCCCAAAUAAUCUCUAUAGUACACUUAUUUCAAAAAUCACAUUAAAACUUGUGACGGCUUUUUAUUUUUUCAGGAAUCGGGCAAAGUUUGAAAAACGGUAAAUCGGCGCUCUUUCGAGUAUGAAAUUAGUGAAAAUUGAGCAUUUUCUUCGCGCUCGUAGAUAAAAACGGGGUAAUAUCUCUGAAUGAAAUCAAGUCACAAAACAAACAAAGACUUGUGCUUUAUAAUUCAGCAAUUAACUUUAGAUAAGCUGUUUAAAUAUGACUGUGGCGGCCGUGAGAAGAAACACGGUUUCGGCUCUUUGCAAAAAUGGCAAAUUUGACCUAACUUCACCGUCGAAAAAACCCAAUUGGUACGUGGCAUUUCAACAUGAAACAAACACUGUUUUAAAGCACAUCGUUUGCUGUUUCUUGUGUUAAAAAAUUUCUGGCGGCAUUCCAUACGCGCCCCGUCGAGAGACCAAAAUCUGAAGGGUAUUUUGACACCACGAGAGCUCGUGAAACAAACAAGUUACUACGCUUCGACAAAAUUCUCUGUUAGAAAAUAUAGUUUCCUCGACAUUUGAACCUUUUUCAGAGUUUUAACGGCUACCGACUAUAAAUCUGCAUUUCUUUCAGAUCAAACACGAUGCCUUUGAAACAGAUGUUUGGGAUAAACCAUAAUGCACAGAUACACUUGCAGUUCAAAUAUUGUCAAACUAUACUCUUACUAUAAUUAUAUUCGUAUCAGUCGAAACCUUAAAAGCAGGUGAGAUAUUAACUUACCCUAACUUCAUGAAUGCUAGACGAAGAAAUAUCCGCUCUUAAAGAGUUUGUGCCUGGAACUUGCAGCAGGCAGGUCGUAUCAAAGUUUUCUGUCACCACGAAGGGAAGAAUAUGUCAUUCCGGAAGUGCGUGACGCGUAACGCGCCCGAAAAGAAAAUUCCUGGCCAGUCUACACGGUCUAAAGUUAUGUGGUACAAGUCAAUCUUAUGGCGUCUUUGUACAUAUUCAAACUUGGUUGGUGGCCCCCGUGGCCCCAGUACAACUAAUCCUGCGAAUGUUGAAUGCAUUGCAAUCGGCGAUUGUACAAAAGAUAUCGUCAGUCACUUGGCUUACUGCAAGAUCAGCGACGACUGUGUUGACAGCGAGGCUAAUUUGCUACUCGCGCGAGCAGGUAAGAUACUGAGUUGUUGCAAUAAACAAAGAUCAAUUCUACCUUAAAAUUCUCUUUUUAAUUAGUGCUUAUGAUAAACAACAUCUUCUAUCUCUACAUUAGGCGUGUUUGAGCCUCAAGAUUUACACAUUAAAAUGACAGUUUGUCCUCGCCAUCGCGAACUGUUUGGUACCAGGUGGCGCUGCAAUAGAUCACGUUGUACUGUCCCUGAUAGGGUGGCUGUACACAAAGGCACCCCGAAGGCUCAAUGCGGCUUGAAGAAGAUGAUAUCCGCGUAUAUUUUGCGAGCAACGAAGGUGCUCGUUCCUUUGGGCUCACGUAAGUAUUUUUUUUAUUAAAUGUUAUUAUUUCAGUCAACGCCAAAGUCGCUCUCAGCUGACCAUUACGUCAUGGCUAUUAUUUUUAGCUCAGAGAAGGAGGAGGAGGGGUCGGUAGGGUGGUAUUGGGUACUUUUUGCUUUGAGGAUCAACCCUACAUUUACCUUAAUUUUAAAAAAAUUGCCUUAUCAAUCACUUCAUAUACUUUAUGCUAGGUUAUGUUUAAAGGACGGUACACUGUUUUUUCUGAACUUUGCUUUUCGAAAAUAUUAAUUUCUAACAAAUUGUUUGUUCUUUUAAACUUCAGCAAUCUGCAAGCAAUGCCGAGAGCAUUUAGUCGGCCUCGUUGCUAGUGAAGAGGUCACCCGUGAACCUGCGGAUUCUGCACCGGAAGUAACCGGUGGCGGUACCCAAGCCGAAGACCAAGAAAGACUUGAGUCUGCACAGGUCGAAGAGAUAAGCUACAUUUCAAAUUGAGUGUUCUUUGUUUGCUCUGUGUUGAAAAAAAUAGGAUGUACGAAAAAGGACGAAGCCUGUUCUAGGCGAUCAAACAGUUAGGGAGGCGCAAAGGGGAGUGAUUUCGUACCACUCUCUACCAUCUGAACGCCUGGAACAGAGCUUCAAAGAGAAGUAAAAAGUCGCUUGUUGUUUUCUAGAGGGUUGUAACCACACUCGACGACGUUCGAUGAGUGAUGUUACCGCAAGUUGGAAGGAAGAUACUAAAGUUCGUGUGAUUCAAUGCAUUUUAGCUCGGCUGUGAAGUGAGCUGAUGUGUUUUAUAAGCAGUGCAUUUUUCUAUUAUCGCUACAGGAAGAAAAGGUCAGUACCAGUAGCACAUCCGACGAGCUAGCAACCGGCUUCAGCCACAUGAAGAUAGCAGAUGAAUCUUUUCUUUCUCCGGAGACCGCAAGUACUGCUUCAUCAACUGGAGACAGGAAUGGCUCCUCAACCGCUGGAACGCAGCCGCGUGAAUUGCUCAAUACUUUUCUAAACCAAUGUAAUAUUCAACCGCUUGGAAGACCGUGGCUGGAAUGGGGCGAGGUAAGCAGCCGGACACCGUCCCGAUACAUUCAGCGAUCCAGCGAGAUAGUUUCCACCGUCCUUAAAACCAUUUCGCCAAUUAACGCACCCCAUUUGUGGGAAGCACUCCAGUCAUCCGAUGUCGUGAACCGGCAGAUGGGUCUUCAUGCCGCAUCUCUACCUUCAGAGGUAGGAUACCUAGAGGCUCUGGCUGAGUCAUACAGUAACGCAGCCUCCUGGGAUACUCGUCGUCAGGUAUUGUCCGUGAUGACAGGAGUGGCUUCCUUUAAAGCCAUCUCCACAUUUAUACCUGGUUUGACCCAGUAUCGAUAUACGAUGGCCAAGCUUCACGGUGUUCAGCAUGGAAGAAAUGCUCCCGUACCCGAAAAGAAGGCUCCGAGACUUCAAAUAGAGCCAAAACAAUUAGAUCACUUUCUGGGUUUUAUAACUAGCCCUCAUUUAGUACAAGAUUUGCCAUUUGGGGAAAAACACCUUCACCUCUCUUCCGGGAAGGUAAUCACUGUGCCAAACGUAGUGCGCACAAUGAUACCUGAACGGAUUGUGACACAGUACAAUCAGUAUUGUGCUGAGGCCAAUUUUAAGCCUUCAAGUCGAAGUACCCUGUUGCGAAUUCUGUCAGAGUGUAGUGCGUCUGUCCGCACGUCCCUACAGGGGCUAGAUUAUUUCGCGGCGGAAGGAGGGAGAGCAUUUGAUGACCUUGCCUCCAUAGCAGAUAACGUUUCGUUACUUAAAACUAACGGAGAAGAGUGGGGCGGAAGAAUUAAAGAUCAGCUAAAAGCAGGAAAGCUCUACCUAAAAAGUGAUUUUAAGGUAACUGUUAAUGAUUCAAACUAUAUUGUAUUUGCGUUUCGAAUUUAAAAAAAAACGCGCGUUAGAUGAUACUUACAUUAACCAGGAUAACGUUAUUAUCGUAGCGGUAAACAAUUACUAUAAUAAUGAUAAGAUAUUUAUUUAACCCUCGGACGUACAUGUAAAUUUAUACCCCCACCGUGGUACAAGGGGGAAGGGGUGGAUGGAUCCCCCCUAGAGUUUUUGGUAUGUUGAAGUAUUUCGAAACAAUUUUACUUUGAGUGGAAAGCCUUUGAUCUUCUCUACAAGAAAAAAUAAUAAAUAAGCACUUUGCAUGAUUUUAGCCACAAGAUUUUCUUCUAUUGUUAGGAGCCCAUGGGUUAUGGGCUCCUGCUAUUGUUGAAAAAAGUUGACAAAACAUGUACUUUUGCUCAAAAAUGGCUUGACCACCUCCUACUUUAAUAUCUCGUUACCAUAGAAACUGACCAUCACUGAACAUGACUCAAAAUGAACGAACAGCUACUGAAAGCAUCAGGUGCUAAUGUUUUAUCCUCUAGGAGAAAACUCAGAAAAACCUUGGGGGAUGGGGGGGGGAGGGGUGGUACGUCUGAGGGUUAACUUUUACAUGCCAUAAUCAAUUAUAAAACAGCAUGACGGGCGCGACAGCGUAACCCGUUGACUAUAGUGAAAACCCUUUAUUCUUAGCCUGUUUCAGGCUCCAAGAUAGUCGGGUUUGCGAAAUUGAGGAGGUGCGAACUCGAAAAUAAAACGGGAGGAAACUGGGGAGAGGAAGGAGGUGGAGCCUGUAAUCAUUUCUUUAACGGCCUUCUCCGUUAUCCCAGCUUCUGGUAUACGCUCUGAUUGAUCACAUUUGACAGUUAACAUCAUCACCUAAUUGCGUGAGUCAUUAUCAGUCAUCCUUAAGACAACCACUGAGAAUUUGAAUACACGUUAGAACGUUUCCUACUUUUAGACGACUGUCUGCGAAAGUUUUCUCCCUCCCUUCCUUUUUCCCUCCACUUCUCCCUUUUUCCUUGAUCAUGGGCACAUUUUUUCCGUGCCUUUGACUUAAGAGUCAUCCUAAUCUUAGGAUUUCCGUAUAACUAAAUAAAUAUCUUAAUAGGAAUUACAAUUUAAAAUCUUUUUUUUCACGUCAACAUCAACAGCAGUAUUCAACAGUAAGGGUGCUAAAAUAGGAAAGUAAAAAAGAAUCUUCUUAUCAUUAUUAAGGUGCAUAUCAACAGUGAAGCAAGAGUGGCCGAUCACUGCAGCGUUUACGCUCUGAGUGACGUAUCCGAGUCUUCCUUCAGACAGCAUUGCGAGCACAAGCACGAGGAGUUGUGUGAUCAGUGUCAUGCCCUCGAUGUUGCAAUAUAUGAAAUUGGAACAGCCGCGCAAAAUGCCGUAUUUCCUGACGAGGAACAACGUGAUGAAGCUCUGUUCCUGUUCGAGGCGGCCAAGAGAUCAGUGCAGGCGUGGAAGGCGCAUCAAUUACGGUCCGUACAGCAAGAUAAAUCGAGGCUGGAUGUGCUUGAACUGUUGAACAACGACACCGUUCUUAUUGUUAGCGACUGGGCCAUGAAAUUCCUCCCUCAGCUAUAUAGAGAAUCACAGCAAGACUGGUUCGGCAAGAGAGGGAUUUCAUGGCACAUCGCUGUUGUAUUCAGACGGGUGAACGGCUCCGAAAUCCAGACACAGGCGUUUGUUCAUGUUGUGCAGUCUUGUAGUCAGGACAGUACUGCUGUGGUGUUGAUGAUGCAGCACGUAUUAAAAACACUGCACGAAGAAUACCCUGAGAUUACCAAGGCCCAUCUACGGCAAGACAACGCAGGAUGCUACCACUGCGCUAAUACUAUCCUUGCUUGUCGUACCUUUGAGCAGUCAACCGGUAUCAAAGUUGUACGUAUGGAUUUUAGUGACCCCCAAGGAGGUAAGGGAGCGGCGGACAGGUUGGCGGCCACUUGCAAAAACCACAUCCGAACGUACAUUAACGAGGGCAACAAUUUCACAACAGCAGCGGAGAUGAAGGAGGCCUUGUUAUCCUAUGGAGGAGUGGAAGGUGUCCGAGUUGCUAUCCUGCCUUCAAUAGAAGAAACUGUGGAGCUUCGAAAGAUAUCUGGAAUAAGCAAGCUGAAUAACUUUCUGUUUACGGAGGACUCCCUUCAAGCUUGGCGUGCUUAUGCGAUCGGUCCUGGAAAGAUCAUAGCCUCGGAAAAGGUUCCAGGUCAGUGUCAUUUCUGGGAAGUUGAAAAUAAAAAGGGGAGAAUGUCCUUAACUGGUGGGGAUAGCAGAAUUCCGUUGCUACUCCCGUAUGUAGGUAUGGUACAAGCUAUUGUCGCGGUAUUUUGUAAAACCCAGCACGUAACCCAGAGACGUAAGAGAAAUAUUUUUUUUCCUUUAAUAUAAUUUUCUUGAAAAUUUUGUUAACGUCACUGGGAUAAGGUUUUUGCUACUACACCUCAAGGAAUUAAUAAUUUUUUUUUUUCAAUUACUCAUUUCAGUAACUCUGCUGUAACAUAUGCUUCAUAUUCCCACUCUUUUGACAGAUGUGACCUAUAACUGGCUUACUGUUUCUUUUUCGGCUGGUGGGUUUAAACCAAUUACUCUAAAAUCGGCUUCAACGCAUGCUAGACUCCAGGCAGCCCCCCAAGUUUCCGAAGUUCAGCAAAGUAGCCCUGAAAGGUAUCCGUCCAGUGUUUAUUCGUGCCCUAAAGAAGGUUGUGUUAAAGUUUUUCAAAGAGCGUCUGCCCUAGAACGUCACCUGUCGUUAGAGGCCUGUACCCUCUCUCCAGAAAGGCACGCCCUGCUGGAUUUGGCCAAACAUCAAUACGCCGCUCGCCUACAGGAGGGCGUAGGGCUUAUUCCUGCACUGCGAGCAGUACCAAGCUCAGUUGGCAGUUCACAUCAACGUGAGGAGGUCAAGGAAGGGUGGGCGCUGAAACAAGUGAAGAAACCAUACCGUUUCAACCAAAAGCAGAAAACCUACUUGGAGCAAAAGUUCAAUAUCGGCCAGUCCACCGGCAGUAAGAUUGACCCUGCCUUUGUAGCGAAGGAAAUGCGCCGUUCCAGGGGCAAAGACGGGGAAAGGUUAUUCGUUGUUUCUGAAUUCCUGACACCACAGCAAGUGUCCUCCUUUUUCUCGCGACUGGCACUAAAAGUGCGUCAGCAACAGGUUGAGGUCUCGGAAGAGGACGCCUUAGCUGUAGAGGAGCAAAGCAAUUUCGCUACUGCAAAAGAAAAUGUGCUUUCUUCCCUGCAGCUCCGUCAUCCCAUUGUUGUUGACGAGUACAACGUAUGCUCUCUGGUCAACAAUAAAUCUGAGUUUCGGAAAACGAAGGUGGCACUGCUCCAACAUCUUUGCGAACGCUUAGAGCUGAAUACACCUGUACCAGCAGUGAGCCCCAUAUGUGGAACUUUUAGAAGAAGUUGUAAAUAGCUGCUGUUGUAACCCCCGAAAGUGAACAAAUUAGCUUACUCCCAGUGACUGGAGCUAUACUGAUUUUCUCAUGUAAUUCAAGUUAAGUUUUUAUUUGUUCGCGAUUCGUGGUUGUUAACCCUCGGACGUACACGCAAAUUCAUACCCCUGCCGUGGUACAACCGGGGGGGGGGGGGGGAGGGGAUGAAUAGAACCCCUUCCGGGAGUUUUUGAUAUGUUGCAGUAUUUUGAAACGAGUUUACCUUUAGUGGAAAGCCCUUUUCGUAACCAUAGCAAUUGACCAUGACCAAACUUGUCUCAAAACCUGCGCGAGGGAUGAACGAACAGCUACUGAAAACGUCAGGUGCUGAUGUUUUAUUCUUUAGGAAAAAACUCAGAAAAACCUAAUGGGGGCGGGGUGGCAUCCACUACCCCUUCUUGUACGUCCGUGGGUUAACAUCCCAAGACCAUUAUUCACGUGUGGAUGAAAGGGGGUUUUGGAAUUUCGGUGGCACUGUACCGUUGAUCUAACAAGCGCAUUUAAAACUUUGACUUAAACGAACGAUAACUUCGGAGCAAUAUUGCAAUAUACACAUUACCUUUCUUUCAAAAGUAGACUGAGUCCACUUCAGCACUUACUCGUAAAAAAAUUCUUACCAGCAGUAAAAUGAAAAUAUUUUGUAUAGUUUCAUUUUAUUGCCAAAUGAUACCUGCAGGUCUUUCAAAUUUUCAUACCCAUCGAAAAAUCGAAAAAAAUUUGUAGCUCAUUCAUUCAUUAUUAUUCAUUGUCAUAGUUCAUAAUUGCGCCUGUAAUGACAAUGGAGCCACCUUGGGUCCCUUGGGCGUAACCCGUAAACAAUGGUUUGAUUUGAACGUGAUUUGUGAACUUUUAAGUUGACUUCAUUAUCAGCGAAUUUGGUAAGGCAAAAAGAUCUGUUCAAUAGCCUUCUUUUUUCAGGCAGACAAAUGUUAGCGUGUAUAAAGACUGCCUUAAGUCAAUUAGGUGAUAAGAAGUAUAUUGUCCUAGAUUUCCAGGAAAACCAGUUACUUUUGGAGCGAAAAGAAGUUAGUUAAAACUUGAGUUCAAUUGAAUUCAGGCAUUUUUCAGUUUUCAGAGAAUUACCCAAUUGUUAACGUAUACGUAAGCGUGAAGAAAUUUCUGAAAUGAUUCUAACGCGUAAGAAGUUUCCGCAAUAUUUUGACGUGAAACGUUCCGCAAAUGGACAUAGGGUACCCUUUAGCCUUAAUAGAGGGUCUUUAAUAGAAUGACGGCAACUUGAAUUAUACCAAGUGACAUAUUUUCCUCACCAUAUUCUAUUUAUUUUGUCUUCAAAUUAUUUGGGAUGGUUUUUAUCUGCUCAUUUCCCAAUAUGAAGAAUUAUCAGUUUGAAUCUAAGUAGUUUGCUGUUUCAAAAUGAACAAACGAGAGAAAUUUUAAUUCCAUGCUCAACUUUUAUUUUGUAUGUGGAUUACGUAUGGUCACCUAUUCUGCAUGACAGAGAUAUCUGUACACUGAGCGAAGUUAGGAUUAGUUAGUUUAUUACAAGCAAAGACAGGUACAACAAAAAGGUUUUACACCUCCUGAUUUUUUUUUUCUUUCUCGGUUCAAGUUUGUUGCACAUUUGAAAAUCAAAUAUUUACAGUGUAGCAGAAAAUCGCCCGGUAGUUUAGUUCGAUUGACAGGUUUUGUGGAAGUUAUAAAACUACUGAAAACAACAAGAACCGGUGCUUUUUAAAGCAUUUUACGUAUUCUUUUUACACUCGGGCGUGAUUUAGCUUUGUCUGCAGAGUUGCGUGACCAGACUCGAAUCACACACGAUACUUUCAACAACAUACGGUUUAUAAAGUCGCUCAGUUUUAAACGACCAAGUCAGGUGUAAACAAUUUUUAAAAGUGUUUCAGUGAAUUGCGGCUAUUUGCAGUUGAAAUGACUGAGGUAAGAAAAUUCCUAUAGAUCUGGUGUCCCAUUCAGAAAUACCACGCCAUUUUUAGCGGCUUUUACUUAAAAGUUAGAAACUCAGGGUCAAUAUUUACACUACCAGAAGUGCGUUGUCUUCUUGAAUGUUGCACGCAAUCACCCGAUCAAAUACAGUGUUAAUCUACAUAGCCCUUUAUAACAAACUGAAAGCAUAUUUAAAAGGUUUUAAGAAGUUUUCGCAUUGUGAACCUCUGUUAAAGAAGCUAAGUUUACAAUAGCACUUGUCUACCCUCAUUGCGGCUUGUUUGUGUCACCAUUCCCACGUGCGAAAAUAUCCUCCACGUUUCGGUGUCUCGCUUUUGUAAUGCCGCGAGAGAUUUUUUAACACAAGAAACAGCAAACAAUUUGCUUGAUAACAGUGUUUAUUUCAUGUUGAAAUUCUAUGUACCAAUUGGGUUUUUUCGAUGGUGAAGUUAGCCCAAAUUUGCCAUUUUUGAAAGAGCCGAAACCGUGUUUCUUCUUGCGGCCGUCACAGUCACAUUCAAACAGCUUAUCUAAAGUUAAUUGCUGAAUUAUAAAGCACAAGUCUAUGUUUGUUUUGUGACUUGAUUUCAUUUAGAGAUAUUAUCCCGUUUUUAUGUACAAGCGCGAAGAAAAUGCUCAAUUUUCACUAAUUUCAUACUCGAAAGAGCGCCGAUUUACCGUUUUUCAAACUUUGCCCGAUUCCUGAAAAAAUAAAAAGCCGUCACAAGUUUUAAUGUGAUUUUUGAAAUAAGUGUACUAUAGAGAUUAUUUGGGCAAAAUAUGAAGAAAUUCAAAAAUUCACGACUGUCAACCGAUUCUCGAAAAUUACAGACAUUGGCUCUUAAACCGGAGAAAAAAAUGGUUUCAAAAAUAUUCGGAUACGUGUGGACGGAGCCUUUAAGUAAUUUCAUCUUUCUCUUGAUAAAGAUACAACAAAAGAAUGCCCAGAAUACAAGGACACUGAUCUUGUGCCUCCACUGGAACACUGCAUACGAACAAGGUGAGACCACGUGACAGAGUUCAUUGUCAGAAAAGUGGACCUUUCGAUUCAGGGUUUUGAAUUUGGCCGCUUGGCACAAAAACGCCGUGCUUGGAGGCAAGAAACCUACUUGAACAAGAAGGAGAAAGUAAAUUUCCAAAUAAAAUAAUAUAAGGUCUGUUUUUCUUGUCGUUCUGGUACGUUUCUUGCUCUCCAUCAAAUCGUUUUUGUACCCCGUCAUUCAUGAGUUUGAAAAGGCCCAUAAUGGGAUCAUUCUUUAACACAGAGGUGUUUUUCCAGGCUCAUUUUCAACCGUCAGGCAAUGUGUCUGGUCAUUCAAAUUAAACCUCGUCAGCCCUACACUGUACUUUCACAUGUUUCCAUAUCUUGAGUGUAGUUCUAACUUUUAAGUCUGUGGAUGAAAUCCUCGCUAUGGUGUUACCAUUCAAAUGAAACCUCUUUAGCAAUACUUUCAGAUGUUUCUUUUAAUUUAGUAUGCAGCUGUUACGUUUGAGUCUGUGGACGAAAUACUACGACGUGAUCAUUCAAAAGAAACCUUUUAAGCAGUACUUUCAAGUCGUGAUGGUAUUGUUUUUGCGUGUGGUGCCUAGUUUGUCGGCAAAUUUUUAAGGUGCUACUAUCCAAAAACCUAUUGCUUGCUCGUUAAAGUGGUUUUUGGAACCUUUUUGGUUAUGAAAAGUUUAGUCGUUUUAGGAUUUCUUCUACUGUCGCAGAAACAGGCGUGUUUGAUGUAUUUGUUGAUGUGUCGGGCUGAAUAAAAGCUAGAAAUAUUUUAUGCACCAAGUCAAAAGAUAUUUUUUAACUGAGCGGAUUCUCGCGCGCUGAUUGGUUGAGAGCUUUGUUCGAACAGAGUGCAGACCAUGGAAAUAACGUCAUGAUGGCGCAAUUCGUUUUUCUCUUUCUCUCUCGCGCGAUUUUCCGAGAAACUUCAACGUGAAUGGACGCCAAAAACUGGCAAUGUUAUUGUAAGAAACAAAUCGACAACAAUUUUCUACGGUCUGUACUCUUGUCGACAAUAGAAAUGACGUCAAAAUGUUCAAAACUUUGCAAUGAAACCGCGGCUCUUGGUUCCACUUGAGUUUUGAACAUUGUGACGUCAUUUCCAUGGUAGAUAAGUUUACAAACCAUGGAUUGUUAAAACCAGCUUGUAACAUGACGCAGAAUGUAAUAAUUGGCAUACGAUAAUUCAGCGUCCUUGUCCUAAGAUAGUGGUUAACUAUUAAACCCUUGUGUACUUUUUUACUUAUCGUACAGGUGGAAGAAUGCUGUCAUAGACUGGAAUGGAUCCGAACCUAUCUUAUGA